AUGAAACGUUCAUGUUCCACUUCAGCUAAUUCGGACGAGAUAAUUGUUGUUAAAAAAUCACAUAAUAAUGCUGAAGCGAAUCAUAUUGAUUUGAGAAUUAAAAACGAUACGGAAAGUGAGACAAGUGAAGAUGAGGAUGGCGAUGACGAGGAGGAUGAAAAGGCCCAAGGAAGCUCCUCCUCUGCAAAUUUCCCCGCUCGUCUGGGCAAAUGUGAAGUAUGUGCCGCCCAAGAAGCCCGCUAUACCUGCCCCAAAUGUGAAGUGAAAACCUGCUGUCUGAACUGUGUACGCAUACACAAAAAAGAACUUGACUGUGAUGGUAUACGAGAUCGCACGAAAUUUAUACCGCUCAAAGAAAUGACGAAAAUGGAUUUUAUGAGUGAUUAUUAUUUCCUGGAAGAAUGUACACGUUAUGUAGAGGAUCGUAAGGGUGAUCGUGUUAAACGUUUUACUCGAUACAAUACAGAAUUGCCAGUUCAUUUAUAUCGUUUACGGCAGGCGGCGAAGGAACGAAAAUGUACCCUUAAGAUUUUGGUACAGAAUUUUGCACGCCACAAAGAGAAUACAACCUAUUACGAUUGGAAGACAAAACAGAUAUGGUGGCGCGUCAAAUGGAUAUUUGUCAAUGCGGGAAAUUUGUGUUAUGUCGAUGAAAAAUGUCUGGAGGAUGAGUAUUUAAGGGAUUUACUCAAGAAAUAUGUGGAUAAGGAUUGUGUGGAGCCGCCGGUGGCUGAGAAAAAGAAAUUGGAAUUUUAUCAAAGUAAAGGCGUGCAGGGAUUGAAGGUUAUGUUGAAAUCGGAAGGCAUUAAGGGCUGUAAAAAUCGUUUUUACCUCCUGGAUGUAAAUAAAACCCUGAAAAAUAAUCUUAAAAAUAAAACCCUGGUCGAAUAUCCAUUUAUUUAUGUUAGCUAUGAGGAUGAUCCAUGUGGUUUUGAUAUUAUUGAUUCGGAUGAAGAUGUGGAAUGUGAAACAAAGAAACAUCAAGACCUGCUGGAAAAAUAUCGCAAGGAAGCGCUGGAAAAACAAAAACGCCAACAAGCAGCUGGCUCUGAUGAAGACGACGAAGAGGAAGCUGCCAAUAAUUUGGAAACUUUGGAAAAAUUACAAGCCGAAAAUAGACGCAAAGAACGUCAACGCAAGCGUGAAGAAUAUGAAAAACAACAGAGCCGUAAUUUCCUCUUUACCGAUGAACAAUUAAUGGAGGCUUUAUCCUCAUCCACCGAAGAUGAUGACGAGGAUGAAGAGAAAAGCUAA